ACAGGCUUUCCCACAAUGCAUCGCAAGUCGACAUACCGUAACUUCAAACACAAGAGGACAGCCAUGCAAGGCAUCGACAUAGUUCGAGUCGAUAAAAGACUGCAAGAAGUAAACCCAUAUUCAGAUCAUACCCCCAGCAGACAUGAAAAGAGCUUAGGGCUUCUAACUGCAAAAUUUGUCACACUUCUGCAGGAAGCCAAAGAUGGUGUGCUGGAUCUUAAAGUGGCAGCAGACCAGCUAGCUGUUCGGCAGAAGCGCAGAAUUUAUGAUAUCACUAACGUUUUGGAGGGAAUUGGUCUCAUAGAAAAGAAAUCCAAAAACAGCAUACAGUGGAAGGGUGCUGGGCCAGGCUGCAAUUCUCGUGAGAUUUCUGAGAGACUCGUGACCCUGAAGGAUGAGCUAGAAGAACUCAGUCACCGAGAACAGCUGCUGGACCAGCACAAGUUAUGGGUGCAGCAGUCCAUCCGCAAUGUUACAGAUGAAGACUCAAAUACCAAUUUUGCUUAUGUUACACAUGAAGACAUCUGCAGUUGUUUCCAAGGUGAUACAUUGUUGGCAAUUCAAGCCCCUUCUGGCACCCAGAUGGAAGUACCAAUACCAGAGUUUGGACCAGGGUGUAGGAAAAACUAUCAGAUUCACCUGAAAAGUCAAUCUGGCCCCAUCAAUGUACUGCUGGUCAACAAAGACCCAGAAGCAGACAAGCCUGUGGUCAUGCAGGUCCCUCCCCCUGCCUCUCUUGUCAUGGAGAGUCAGAAUGUUAACCCAUCCACAUCUGCUGCCACAACAGCUGUUGAUACCAAGGGUGGUAGAGGAAAGCGAUCACCAACAAAGUCACCAUUGCGUGCAACUCAGGCCUUUGGAACUGGUGCUUUGGAUUCGUCCCCUAUGAUGACAAGGAUGGCAACUAGAUCUUCGCCUCGUAAAGCCAAUCCUGAAAACUUUCUUAACCAGCCUUCUACCUCUUCUGGCAUGGCAGCAAGUCAACCCAUGUUGAGUCAACCUUCACCCUCUGAACUUUGUCCUACAGACAUGCUCUUUGAUCCCACUCGCACAGAUCUAGCAGACAUGGAUGGUGCUCUCAUUGAUGAACUGAUGUCUUCAGAUGCAUUUGCCCCGCUGCUACGACUCAGUCCACCGCCAAGUGAUCGUGACUACUACUUCAACCUUGAUGAUAGUGAAGGGGCAUGUGACCUGUUUGAUGUUCCUCUCUUAUCAAUGUGAGCCCUGUACCACGUGUCUUUCAGGUCACAUGGCAGACUGUCUCUCAAAGAAGUAGUGUGUCAAGUGAGAAUGUACUUUUCAACAAGGAAAGGUGAAUGUGUUUCUAUUGUGUGAUGGAUACUUGGAUGCAAAAUUGUUGUGGUUACUUGCAUACGCUUUGUUCAGUUCACCAAUCUGUCUUAAAGUGUAGAUAGUACCAGAGUGGCUAGUGAAAAAAGGUUUCAGUCUUUUUUAUUUUUAUUUUUUUUUAAUGUUUGUGUCUGAUGCUUUCAUAAUUAUUUCUUGACCUUAUGCAUCAUUUUUGUGCUUUCUUACUUCUUGUAAUUAAAUUGUUAAUUCUUAAUUAUUUUUUUUUUCCUAUGACUGUUAACCCCAGAACAAAUCCCUACCCCUCCCCUCCAUAAAUCAGUAGGCUGUGAAAAAUAAGAUUUUGAUGCAGAUCUGCUCUGGCUUUUAUGACAGUAAGACAAUCCAAACAACGAAGCAGCACAAUUAAGUAAAUGAUGUGUAAACGGCCUGUGACCUUCAUCUUCCCAUUGAUAUUUACAGGCAUGUAUACUUUGUUUAACUAAUGUUGAUGAGAAACCAGUCUGUUAAGGUCAGAAAAGACCAGCAACUUCAAGCUCUCAAAUGAAGCCAGUCAUAUAUAUUGUCAUGCAGGCAUUUUGUGUGUGUGUGUGUGUGAAAUGUGUUGCAUACACGCCAAGUUUUAUAUGUUGUCACUGCCAGUGGGUUUUUGUUAUACAUUGCUUGUAGUAUAGGUUGAUCUUCCUUGCUGACCAUGUCUGCAGGAUCUUUCCUUGCUGUCUAUGAGUACUGUUUGAAGGAUAUGUUUCUUUAACAAGCGAGGCUAACAGAAAUAUUUCCAUCAACCUAUGCUUUACUGUUCAUCUUUGUAUGUAAUCUUUUAGACUGGAGUUCAGAAUAAGGUGGCCAUAUCUUUAUUUAAGGUUUUCUAUGUCCUUAAAACAAAACAUAUUUGCUAUCUCAGGGUCAGAUUACCCCAUUUCAUUGGCAACGUUGAAAACAUUCAUUUUUCUGCAAUUUACUAAUCAUGAUCAUUAUCAUCUCUCUUUGGUGGUGUAUUAUGUCCCUUCUUCUCUUUAGAACAUGUUUUAAUGUGUCCUUACUUCAACAUCCUCCGUUAACAAAUCCAUACUGUAAACAUUUAUUGUUUAACACAUGCUCCCUCAGUUGAUAAAUACAAAGAUUUUGCAUUGCAUAGAUCAGGGAUGCACAACCUACGGCCCGCGGGCCAUAUCCAGCCCGCGAAACUUCUGCCCACAGUACAGGAAAUCGGCAUGUUAGUAAUAAAAGAAGACCUAAAAAAACGAAAAAAAGGGAAGA